CAUGCUCCCAUGAGGACCCAUCCCAUGUCGUCGUGGGCUCGUUUGAAUUUAAAUUCCCUACCGUUUAAAAAGUUUCAAAAAUCUUUUGGGGCUUUCACAAAGCUAUUUGAAUCUCAAUCGAAACCCAAUCUCUGUUUUUAUUAUUAAUUUUUCAAACUCACCUUCCCCCCUCUCUCUCUCUCCAAAAACCCUAACUCCCACUCUCAUUCUCACUCUCACUGAGUCUCAGACAAAGUCCAAGCGCGCCAUGACAGCUGUCCCACCGCCGGCCCCAGGCCGCGAGCUCGCGAACCCGCCGUCCGACGGAAUAUCCAACCUCCGAUUCUCCAACCACAGCGAUCACCUGCUCGUGUCCUCAUGGGACAAGAGCGUCCGAUUGUACGAUGCGAGCGCCAACGCGCUGCGAGGCGAGUUUAUGCACGGCGGUCCAGUCCUCGACUGUUGCUUCCACGACGAUUCCUCGGGGUUCAGUGCCGGCGCUGAUAAUACUGUGAGGCGGCUUGUUUUCAGCUCUAAUAAGGAGGAUAUUUUGGGAAGGCAUGAUGCUCCUGUGCGUUGUGUUGAGUACUCUUAUGCAGCAGGGCAAUUAAUCACAGGUAGUUGGGACAAAACCCUGAAGUGUUGGGAUCCUAGAGGUGCAAGUGGGCAGGAUCGCACUCUUGUUGGGACAUAUCCACAACCUGAGCGUGUUUACUCACUUUCUCUUGUUGGAAAUCGUUUAGUUGUAGCAACUGCUGGAAGACAUGUAAAUGUCUACGAUUUGAGAAAUAUGUCCCAACCUGAACAGCGAAGGGAAUCUUCAUUGAAAUAUCAAACUAGAUGUGUGCGCUGUUAUCCCAAUGGAACAGGAUAUGCUCUUAGUUCUGUCGAAGGACGAGUUGCAAUGGAAUUUUUUGAUCUCUCAGAGGCUAGUCAAGCCAAAAAGUAUGCAUUUAAGUGUCAUAGAAAAUCAGAGGCUGGAAGGGACAUUGUCUACCCAGUAAAUGCCAUUGCAUUCCACCCCGUCUAUGGUACUUUUGCAACUGGAGGUUGUGAUGGUUAUGUGAAUGUGUGGGAUGGGAACAACAAGAAGAGGCUGUAUCAGUACUCAAGAUAUCCGACAAGCAUUGCAGCGCUUUCGUUUAGCAGAGAUGGCCGCCUUUUGGCAGUGGCAUCAAGUUACACAUUUGAAGAGGGAGAUAAACCUCAUGAACCAGAUGCAAUCUAUGUUCGCAGUGUAAAUGAAAUAGAGGUCAAGCCGAAGCCGAAAGUGUACCCUAACCCGCCUGCAUAAGUCAAAACGUAGAAUAUCCUCUUUGUUCCAUAGUAGUCCGUACGUAUAAUUUUUUUUUUUGUUUUAUGUUACUAUGUGACGCUUCAAUUCUUACGAAGCUUGUGAAACUUGAGUUGAGAACUUUAUGCCCUAGUAAAGUUAUGAGUUUCUAGUGACGUACUCCUCUUUUCCUUUUUUGGUCAAAGCUUAGAUAAACCAUAAUGUACAUCUGAAUUUUACACCAAUGGUGAAUUGGAUCUUGGAUUUAUAUCUUGUAACGAAGUGUGGACUAGUGUAAGACUCGAUCAGUAAUCUAGCAUGCUUAUGAGCUUUUGAAGCAUCCUUGCUGUGAAAA